AUGAGGUGGGUUUUCCUGCACCAUUCCGCUCCCAGCAAUAAGGAAUCUUCCUGCAGUGCUGAGGGAUUAGAGGCCUGUGCCUCUCCUCCUGGCUACCACCCUGCUAAGCCCUUUUUCUCUUUCACUGUCAUAGCUGACUACAAGGAGAGCUUCAACACCAUUGGAAACAUUGAAGAGAUCGCGUACAAUGCUGUUUCCUUCACCUGGGAUGUGAAUGAAGAGGCAAAGAUUUUCAUCACAGUGAAUUGCUUGAGUACAGAUUUCUCCUCCCAGAAGGGCGUGAAAGGACUUCCUUUGAUGAUUCAGAUUGACACAUACAGUUACAAUAACCGCAGCAAUAAACCCAUCCACAGAGCGUACUGCCAGAUCAAGGUCUUCUGCGACAAGGGAGCAGAAAGAAAAAUCCGAGAUGAAGAGAGAAAGCAGAAUAGGAAGAAAGGGAAGGGCCAGGCCUCCCAAACCCAGUGCAACAACUCCUCUGACGGGAAGCUGGCCGCCAUACCUUUACAGAAGAAAAGUGACAUCACGUACUUCAAAACCAUGCCUGACCUGCACUCGCAGCCCGUGCUCUUCAUACCAGAUGUUCACUUUGCCAACCUGCAGAGGACUGGACAGGUACUACUUUUGCUCACAGCCUCCUACUGCCCUCCUCAGGGUGUGCUGGUGUGUACGCAGAACAGGCCACAAAAAUAAACUCAAGCAGCAGGGGAAUGGCAACACAAAAAGUAGGUUUUUACAGAAAACAUUGUCUUGGGAGGAAAUACUGGCAUGCUAAGGCAAAGAAAGG